CUCUCCAGAUUGAUAACACGGGACACUUGUUAUUUCUAUAUGUGUAGACAAUCUGUGUUAGGAAAUGUACACAAAAAAAAAAUCCUCAAACGAAAGGAAGCGCAUUCUUAAAAUUUCUACACUGGCUACCUUGCUAUAAGAAAAGUUUAUCUGUUCAAUCAUGUAGGUCACGUGACUAUCAUGUCUAAGACAGAGGAAAUCACGCCCACUCGAUCCAACUCCUACAACGUCAUACUCAGAGAAGCGGCUGCCGAGUUCCUGGGUACUUUCGUCCUCAUAGUGUUUGGUGUGGGUUCUGUUGCCCAGUUUGUGUUCAGUGAAGGAAAGACAGGUUCUACUGACCAGGUCAGGUGGUCAUGGGGACUUGGAGUGGCGUUUGGUGUGUAUGUGGCAGGCGGUGUCUCAGGUGGACAUCUGAACCCGGCAGUGACACUCACACUUUGCCUGUUUAAAAAAGUUUCCUGGAACAGAUUACUGCCCUACUGGAUUGCCCAAUACUUUGGUGCUUUCAUUGCCUCGGGUUUGGUCUACGCUGUCUACUAUGAUGCAUUCUCCACUUUCAAGGGAGGUAACCGAACUAUUGAGACCUCGUCGAUAUUUGUAACGUAUCCACAGAGUUAUCUCACAGUGGGUAAUGGACUAGGCGACCAGGUUUUCGGUACCGCCCUACUUAUGCUGCUGGUAAUGGCCCUUGGUGACCCUAGAAACAUGUCUCCUCAAAAGGGUUAUCUCCCUUUGGUCGUAGGUCUGGUGGUCGUGGCCAUCGGGAUGACAUUUUCCUACAACUGUGGCUACGCCAUCAACCCUGCAAGAGAUCUGGCGCCCAGGCUGUUUGUGCUCUCAGCUGGUUGGGGUUCCCAGGUUUUCAGUUACAACAAUUAUCAGUGGUUCUGGAUUCCUGUGUUGGGACCCCACCUCGGUGCCAUCAUAGGGGGCGCUGUGUAUGAAAUGUUUAUCAACAAUGCCAUUCCUGGAGUCGACUGGUCAGUUUGCCCCGGGAGAAAUAAGUGCUUUAUGCCCCCAGAUGAGCCCUCACUUAGAGCCGCCAACUCCAGGAAUACGGAAGUGUAUACCAUUAUGGACAUGAAAGCAGCUGAGGCGGAGUGUUCAGGAGGCGUGCCUUCCUACAAGUUUACUGCCAGUGUCAAUAAACAGUCAUGACAGCUGUCAGUUAUCUCCUAGGUGUCAGACAGAUGACCCUUGGCGAAUAUAUAGCAAAACUGAACAUAAUUGUAAAACAUUCCUGUUAGAAGAGACUCAGAUGCCUGGCGAUCAAUAAUAGUCUCUUCAAAAUGUUUCUCCCAAGAAGAUUGUAAAAUUGUAACAUAGAACAAAACAUUGAAUGAUUAUCUACAUCUAUUUGUAAUGUAUAUUGUAUUAUAACUGUAAAUAAAGUGUAUUAAAAUAUGUUUGUAAUGAA